CACGUCCCCUCCUCGCAUCGUCCCGUGACGUGGCUGCCAGGAGAUGGUGUGAUGCGCAGGGGGCGUUUUCACGGAAGAAAACGGAGGAGGACGUUUUCAUCUAGCCAUGGAGGCUCGGUACAAUCUAAAGAGCCCAGCGGUUAAGCGUUUGAUGAAAGAAGCUGCAGAGUUGAGAGAUCCCACUGAUCAUUACCAUGCCCAGCCACUAGAGGAUAACCUCUUUGAAUGGCAUUUUACAGUCAGAGGACCCCCAGAUUCAGACUUUGAUGGUGGAGUUUAUCAUGGCAGAAUAGUGCUUCCACCAGAAUAUCCAAUGAAGCCACCCAGCAUAAUUUUAUUGACGGCUAAUGGCAGGUUUGAAGUAGGAAAGAAAAUUUGUUUAAGCAUUUCUGGGCAUCACCCUGAAACGUGGCAACCCUCCUGGAGUAUACGAACAGCAUUGUUGGCCAUUAUUGGAUUCAUGCCAACAAAGGGGGAAGGUGCCAUAGGCUCUCUGGAUUACACACCUGAAGAAAGAAGAGCACUUGCCAAAAAGUCCCAGGACUACUACUGUGAAGCAUGUGGAGUUAAAAUGAAGGCGGUUUUGCUUCCACUCAGUUCAGCCUCCAGUUCAGAUGACAAAGAGGCAAGGGAACUUGCUAGACAAAUCAGUUUUAAGGCAGAGGUGAAUCCACCUGGGGGCUCUCAAGCUGAAGCAAAUCUCCCCAAGCAGCCACAAGAUCAACCUGAACCAGCUUCUGGCACAUCUGAGGAGGAUGCAACAAUUUCAUCUGGUCAAGAGACUCCUCAAGCUGUACCCAGUGCAAAUGCCUCCAGGAGCCCUAGACAACGCCGAGCCCAGCAGAGGAGAGUCCCAGCCUCACCAGGUCUCAUCCAGGUCCAGCAGCACAAUGUUAACGGAAGUAACACUGGCUCGGCUGUGCUUAUUGUCCUGCUGACACUGGCACUUGCUGCGCUUAUUUUCCGUAGAAUAUACCUGGCCAACGAUUACAUCUUUGAUUAUGAACUAUAAUACUUGGUUUGCUGUGAAUUGGCAUGGGAUGAAUGCCUCAUUAAAUAAUGUGCAUCAGGUAUGCUACCAGAA